GACGGGUUCGAUAUUAUGAUGGCAAGUCGGACUUCUCAUUAGUUCUCAGCCUGGCCGAAUUGCGAGAGAUUCAUCUUUGCCGGUACAAUCUGCGCCGCUCUGCCUUUGAGAUUGUCAUGGUCGAUCACUCCAACUACCUUUUCAAUUUUAAACCACGUGUCCGAAAUCAAGUUUACGGCAACAUUAUGAGCCUACACCUUCCGCAGCUGGGGUACCGCAAGGGCCGUAGUCCUGCUGAGGUUUUCCAGUUCUCUGGCUUGAAGGAGGCAAGUCAGCAGGGUUUAUGCCGAUGGGCAAACCGGGAGAUUUCAAACUUUGAAUACCUCAUGCGAUUAAACACAAUCGCCGGUCGAACCUACAAUGAUCUUAAUCAGUACCCCGUGUUCCCAUGGAUUUUGGCUGAUUACACUUCAAAACGUCUAAACCUGGAUGAUGAGAACACAUUCCGCAAUCUGUCUCUCCCCGUCGGUCUGGUGAACCCCGGUAACAUACCCAUUGUUCGAGAAAAGUACGACUCCUUUGAGGAUCCCAGUGGAAUGAUUUUAAAGUUCCACUACGGCACUCACUACUCCAGCGGAGCUGGCGUCAUGCAUUAUCUGAUGCGUUGUGAGCCCUACACCAGCCUCCACAUUCAAUUGCAAGGCAACAGGAUUUGCGUUGGCAGUAGGGUGUCGGUUGUGAUUGACGAUCAGGGUUCUAUGUUAGCCCGCGUGACAUCUCGAACAAGGAUUGGGUCACUUGGGUUUGACGUUGCCGAUCGUCAGUUCAAUUCCAUCCCCAAUGCAUGGAAUUUCAUGCUGGUCAGCCACAAUGAUAACCGAGAGUUAAUACCGGAAUUCUUCUUCUUGCCCGACUUCCUUCGCAACGAUAAUCGUACGUUCACUGGACAAUCACCAACCACGUAUUCUUCUGUCAGGAAAGAGCGCACCCAGCGCCUUUUCCCUUUUAUAACUUUUAAAAACACCUCGUCAAGUGUCAAGUGUCUGUCACCUUUUGUGCACCAGUCGUCUGCUUGUAAAAAGCCAACUAUCCACACUCUCUGGGAUUAA